GUGUGGUGUGACGCGUGUAGGAUGAAAAAAAUAAUAAAAGAGGUGGAAAAUUAAGGAUAUAUGGCAUCAUGAAGGUGCGGUCGGGGGGUGACGUCAAGCUUCGUCCUCACUUCCUGGGACGCGGCGGCGGGGGCUGGCGACACGUAUUCUUCUCCUCUUCGUGCGAGGGACAUUGAAGGUCAUUAUGGACUCUGAAGAGCAACAGAACAUGGUUUAUGAAGAUCUGCCAACACUCAAUGAAUCUGAAGAAAAGCAGCUGCUCCAACAGGACUCAAGGGGAUUUGUGUCUUUAUUCCACCAGCAAAAGUUGGAGCAGGAAGCUGCCAAAAACUGGGACAAGUUCUAUAAGCGAAAUGAGACGAGGUUCUUCAAAGAUCGUCACUGGACAACAAGAGAGUUUCAGGAGCUUGUUGGGAAAGGGGAUGUUUCAAAGGUGCUCCUCGAGGUAGGGUGCGGCGUUGGCAACUUCAUCUACCCACUACUUGAAGAUGACCCAAACAUCUUUGUAUAUGCCUGUGACUUCUCGUCCCGGGCCAUCCAAUUUGUUAAAGACCACCCAAAGUAUGAUGCCUCCAAGGUUCAUGCCUUUGAAUGUGACAUUACAAAGGAUGACUUGAGUAGUAAACUGGAUGGCAAUAAUGUGGACAUAAUCAGCAUGAUAUUUGUGCUGUCUGCCAUACACCCAGACAAGUUCAAGGGUGUUCUGACCAACUUGUACGAGUGCCUUCGCCCUGGCGGCAUGGUGUUGGUGCGGGACUAUGGCCUCUAUGACAUGGCCAUGCUCAGGUUUGGCCCUGGGAGCAAACUUGGGUCACAGCUGUAUGUGCGUCAAGAUGGGACGAGGGCAUACUACUUCACCAAGGAAGAGCUCUGUGACCUCUUCUGCGAUGCAGGGUUUGCUGUGUCCAGUUGUCACUACGUGGCUCGCCAAACAGUCAACAAGAAGGAAGGUGUGAAUGCACGGAGGAACUUUAUCCAGGGCAAGUUCCUGAAGCAGAGUGACUGAGAGAUUAUCAUUUUGAAAAAAAGAAAAAAAACAAUCAAAAUUGGAGACCAAACUCACUCACUUCAGAGGAAGGCAAUGGGUCCCUAGGAGCUGUAUUUGGGGUUGUGGUCAGAAUGAUCCCCCAUUUUCUACGAUGCAAUUACUUCAGGAGGGGAAUCUAUCUGAAUGUCUUUUAAAGAGUUCUCAAGUUAGAGCGUGCAGAAAUCUUGGGAUGGAGAUUUGUGUGAAGCAGGUGUUGAACUGAGCCUGUCAAGAUCAAAGAGAAUGCUGAGGUGCCAUCAGAACAAGACCAGCAUAUGUAGGCAUAGAUAUUGGGCUCAAAGGCAACUGUUUUGGAGUGUGGAAGGCAGUUACCCCACGGUCACUGCCAGGAUCUGCUACAUCUUGCUGCUAGGAAGCUGAUACUGAUAGUAUCACAGUGUGGUUGAGCAGAUGAAGGUCGAUUAAAGGUCUUCAUGGUCCCAAGGACUACAAAUUUUACCAAGAUUGUAUGACUGCUUUGGCCAAGCAUGCAGAGACCACUCCCAGUAGUCAUCUAUGCAGUGGGUCUAUACUCCGUAUACCGUAUGAGCUGAUUGUGUGUGUGGAAUCAUUUGUUUUUACAAUAAAAAAAGUUU